CCAAUAUUAUCAGAUUUUAAGAAAAACCUCAGUUAGAUACAAUGCUGCAAAAAUCUGUCCUUCUCCGACAAGUUUGGAAGAAUAAUUUAAAGUAUGAGUUCUCACUCAUAAAGAGUUGCUUGCCCUAUUUCUGCGUCGUUUCGCUAGACACGGAAUAUCCCGGAUCAGUUUACAAGUCCACCAUUAAAAAGGAGUUUUUGUCACAAGCCUCACCUCAGGAUAUUUAUUCUAUAAUGAAAAGGAACGUCGAUGAACUAAAAGUUCUUCAGUUUGGAUUGACUCUUAGUGAUGCUAAUGGAACUCUACCAAGCUUCGGUACGGGAUUUUACUAUAUGUGGCAAUUCAACUUUAGUGAUUUCGAUCUUGAGCGUGAUUUAAACGAUGAGGAAUCUAUUAAGUUCCUUGAGAAACAAGGAAUGGAUUUUAAAAUGCUUAGAGAAAAGGGCAUUCAUUCUUCAGAAUUCAUAAGGUUACUAGUAAGUACUGGAUUGGUUAUGAACAGAUAUUCGAACUUGAUUUGGAUCACUUUUCACGGCUGUUAUGAUUUGGGGUUUUUAGUCAAACUUUUAAGUAAGAAAAAGUUGCCUGAUGACAUAGGGUCGUUUUUAGGGUUAGUAAGAUAUUAUUUGGGAUAUAGGAUUUAUGAUUUGAAACUCAUGAGCUAUUUCAACGGAUUAUACGGUGGAUUAGAAAAGAUUGCAAAUUUACUGAAUGUUUGUCGAGUUGUUGGGAAGAGCCAUCAAGCAGGAUCUGACAGCUUGUUAACUCUACAAUGUUUCAUGACAUUGAUGGAUGUCUAUGCCAUCGGGUUCAAUAGCUUUUAUUACAGCGGCUAUGUCAAAAGGUACUGUAACGGCUAUGAAGGAUUGAUGUACGGACUCUGUCAACAAAUUGUAACGCACAACCCUCCGUACUCUUGAUGACCAUACCGGACUCCGAAAAAUAGCAAAUCCAAAUGCAGUUAGUAAUCAAGUAUGGAGUGCAUUCUACUUCCAGCCUUGGACAAGAUUAUUUUAUGUUGCAUUAUUUCAAAUACAUAUGUAAAAAAAUUGGUCUCUUUUUGUUCCAAGUUUAAAUUAAUAAUAGAAAUAGACUGAUCGUUUUAGAAAUAUUUCUUACUAGUUUGAUGAAUGUCAAUGUUCCCUUAUUUCAAUGCUUAGUGGAUUAUAUAAAUUACCUAUGUCAAAUCGU